ACCACUUGCGCUCACUUUGCGAUACCUCAGCAAACGCGCGCCCCCUCAGAGGAGAAUAGAGGAAAUUUUUCGUCGAGAAACCCACCCCCACCCAAUCCCUCUCCUUCGACCGAACCCCCCCCCCUUCCCGACCGACCGCCCGCCCAUCUGUCCUCAACACCAAAAGUUGACGGCAUCACGACGCUCGCCUAGUCGCACCCCUACCUUUCGGAUCCGAUAAUUUCCUUCCGUAGCGGGAAAUAGAUCCGGCUCGCACACACACACACACUCGCACACACACACACGCACACACAUACAUACACACGCUCCCACACCGACCACCCAUCAUGAGCGGCUACCAGAACGGAGAGCGGCCCGCCCGCGCCAUCGACGACGACAGCGACGUCGAGGAGGAGGCCCUCGUCAACGACUACAAGGAGCAGGUCCAGUACGAGGACAACCUCGGCGAUGACCUCGAGCAGUCCAGCUCCCUCACCAUGGCCCAGCAGACGGACGACAUCCAGUCGCGCCUCGCCGCCGCCGCCCAGCCCCUCGACUUCUCCGCGCCCCUUGAGGUCAAGUUCCAGAGCUACGACUCGUACUGCAGUCUUUUCCACUUCAUCCUGAACAGUGAGGGUCCCGUCGACCUCGAGCCACCCUCGUAUUACUGGGCGUGGGACGUCAUCGACGAGUUCAUCUACCAGUUCAACUCCUUCUCCUCCUACCGCAUGCGCAUCGCCCGCCAGGGCAACAACGAGGAGGAGAUGCAGGUUCUUAAGGAGAACCCCAACACCUGGGGCUGCUACUCGGUCCUCAACGUCCUCUACUCGCUCAUCCAGCGCUCCCAGAUCACCGAGCAGCUGGCCGCCAUGCGCCGCAACGAGGACCCCAUGGCCGUCGCCGGCGAGUACGGCAACAAGAACCUGUACCGCAUGCUGGGCUACUUCUCCAUCAUCGGCUUGUUGCGCGUGCACUGCCUGCUCGGCGACUUCAGCCUCGCUCUCAAGACGCUCGACGACAUUGAGCUCAAUAAGAAGGCCAUGUUCGCGCGCGUCAUGGCCGCCCACUUCACCACGUACUACUACGUCGGCUUCUCCUACAUGAUGAUGCACCGCUACGCCGACGCCAUCAAGAUGUUCAGCCACAUCCUGGUCUACGUCUCCCGUACCAAGAACUUCCAGAAGAACGCCCAGUACGACUCCAUCACGAAGAAGAACGACCAGAUGUACGCCCUCAUCGCCAUCUGCGUCGCCUUCCACCCCACCCGCCUCGACGACACCAUCCACUCGGCUCUGCGCGAGAAGUACGGCGACCAGCUCCUCAAGCUCCAGCGCGGCGGCCCCGAGUCCCUGCCCAUCUUCGAGGAGCUCUUCCGCUCCGCCUGCCCCAAGUUCAUCUCCCCCGUGCCCCCCGACUUUGAGAACCCCGAGUCCAACGUCGACCCCGUCGAGCACCACCUGGCCGUCUUCAUGGAGGAGGUCAAGGUCAACAUGUGGAGCCCCACCGUCAAGUCCUACCUCCGCCUGUACACCACCAUGGACCUCAACAAGCUGGCCGGCUUCCUCGAGGUCAAGCCUGACGAGCUCCGCUCCUGGCUCCUCGUCAACAAGCAGCGCACCAAGCAGCUGCGCUGGACCGACCACCCCAGCCUGCUCGACGGCGACCUCGUCAACAUCAGCGACCUGGACUACGCCAUGCAGGGUGAUCUCAUUCACAUCUCGGAAGCUAAGGUGGGCCGCAAGCUGGUGGACUGGUACCUCCGCAACCUGUCCCGCACGUACGCUUGAGCGAUCGUAGCACACUACGGUCUACGCAACCCAGGAAGGCAAGGCGGGUACGAGCAGCCGGCCGCGCGAAGGAAGAAAGAAGGGAGUACGACGACGAAAGAUUUUAAAAAUCUGGUGAGCGUUUGGCGGGGGGCCCACAUGUGUCCCGCGCGUAUGUAGUUACCAAAGACCUGCCAGCGGAAAGGAGGGGGGGGGAGAACAUACUCUUUUCCCCUCGCGCUUGACGAUACCAAUGGAUGUCGAGGCAGAGAGAGAGAGAGAGGGAGGGAG